AUGGCCUCUCGUUACCCCAUGCCAAACAUCUACAACCGCCCGACCAAGGAGAAGACCGACUCUUCUCCUUCAACCUCGGGCGCGAUCAAAUCCUUCUUUACGAUACCUCAAGCCUACCCCGUCGUCUCUGCGUCGACGUCCAAAUACCCUCUGCCUCCGAUGUACACCAGUAGCCGCAAGACCGCGAAGAGCGCCCCGCCGGCAAGCAGGCAACAUGACGGGCAAGGGGUAACGAGUUCGAGGGCUUCAGUUGAGUCGUGGGAUACUGUUGAUCAGAUCAAGGAAGACCACACCCGGGUCUGA